AGUUCUAUGUUCAUAGAAAGAACGCCAUUGCCGGCUGCGGAGGAUGCUCCGGAUUAUAAUAUCAACCCGGAUUCAAAUCUUGUGGUUGUAUACGGAAAAAAUGGAAUAAGUUUUGACGACAAAGGUUUGGAAAGCUUAAUAGAUGAGAAGAAAAUAUCGUCUAUAAGUGUUAUUCGAUUAACAUCUCCAACUCCUAGUAUGCAAGAGGAGGAGGAAGAGGAAGCAAGGCAAGAGGAAAUAUCAAGGCGUCAAGAUUUAGACUCUGCUAAUGACAGUUCUGACCAGGGCGAUGAAAGCAACUUGUCGGAUGAUGAUCGUAACAUUACUGGCGAUAGUGACACUUCCGAUCGCGGUGAUGCCAUACAGAGCUCCGAGGAUAAUAAGUCUAAAACCAAGGCAGUACCUCGUCGGCGAGGACGACAACCAAAUGUGGUAAAACAGAAAAAAAUAUUUCGAAAACGCAGAAGGGAUCGCCCUAAAAUAGUUGGAUUGCGCUUUGAAGAAUUCUAUUCCCCAGAUGAUGCUGGAGAAAUUGUAAAAGAAGCUCUCAAAUUGGCUGGUUUAGGACCCGACAGAAAAAGCAAAGAAGAUAUUGAGUUCCAGUUACUUGUUAUACGGAACGAUCAUUGCUACACACCUUUCACUUCACCCAGUCAAAUGAAAGCUAAACUAGCCGCGGACAAAUUAGAAUUGGAGCAACAAUCCAAUAGUCGCAAAUCUGUUGGCUCGCAAAAUCAAUUGGGUGUUGGAAAACAGCUGUUUGUUCGGAAGAAAAUCCUUCAGAAAACAGACUCAUUGUCAAAAUUGCCUAGUCCAACAACAUAUAUAAAAGAAAAGAGUGUUGCAUCAUCUAGCAAAUCAAUUUGUAAGGAAGGCAAAGACUUCAAGUCUGUUGAAAACAAUGAAGAAUUGGAAAAAGAUCCUCGUGUACCGACCGACGAAAAAGACUUCACAUCUGAAGGGGAUGAAGAGAGUGAAUGUACGGCACCCGAGGAAUCAGAUGAUUCCGACAAUGACCGUGAUAGCGAUUUAGAUUUUGAUGUGAACAAUCCAAAGGGCCGAAGAAGAAAAAUUAGAGCUGCUAAAAUUGCCAAACGUGUAUCUAAUACACCGAAAAUUCUUCAGAAGACAAGGCGUGCUCCUACUCAAGAAGAGCAAUCAGAGCUGGCGAAUAAACCAAGUAUGAACACAUCUACUACGAUUCAGAAAUUCAAGCCAAAUGUAAAAUCCGCAGCCGAUAUUGGCCGCAUCACAGUUCGUUCGAAUCCAACCAAGUUGCAAUCGCCAGCUCUUUGUAUGCCCACUAAGAGUACAGGUCAAGAUUUAUUGUCAUCUACCGGCACAGUUUCUGAAUCUCCAUAUAGAAAACUAAAUGAAAGCAAGACACUGCAUACACAAAUGAUCAAUGUCAAAACAGUUCCCAUAAAGACAAGCAACACAAUCAAGACUAUGACAUCCCCUCAAACCCAUAAGGAGAUUCUUAUUAACAAAAAUAUUAUGUCGAGUCCAAAAACAAAAGGUUUCACUGACUUGAAUACACUUCUAAUGGACCAACAAGAACAGAGAUUACAUCCAACAUCUACAUCCUAUUCAAAACCCUCAUUUAAAACGACAAUUGCAGCUGCAGUCUCACCGAAACCGACCGCUGCGCCAAAAGGUUUUAUGCCAUUAGGUGUUGAGACUGCAUCUAAAAAUCAGUUACCAGCACAAAUAUCCAUUCAAACACAUCAAAGUUCUUCGGAAUUGGAAGCUGAACACGAUAAGCAACUUGAUUUAAUAAAUUCUAUCGUUCAGGAUGAAAUGCAAAAGCCCAAAGAAAUGCUUACUCCCGCACCCUGUAAUAUUAUUGAGAAUAUUCCAGAAUUAGUGAAGAUGUUGGAAAGUACUGAAGCAUCUUUGGUACCAAAUAUAGCCGCUAUGAAUAAAGGUAUAAUUAAUAAUCCAUCUGAGAAUAGCAGUGUCAAACUUACAGAUAUCGAUCUAGGUAACGCAUCUUUGUUAAAUGGGCCUGACGGAAAUGAUGACGAUUUACCGGAUGAUAUACUGCAACAGGUGGUUGAGUUAAUCAAGGACGAUAAAACUUUACAAGAAGCGGUAGAUGUUUUGGGUUCUGGAGAUUCGAACGACCCCAUUGUUAGCAGCGCCACUAUGACCCAUCCGAACCCUCCACCGUUGGCUCCUAUUUCUCAACAGAGAAUUAGUAAUAAAAAUAUUUUAGAGGAUAUUCCUCAUUCUUCGAGGAGUAUUAUACAAAUGAGCAUUUCAAACAUACCAGCAACCACUUCAACGGUGACUCAAUCAGGCCCGGAACAAAAUCGUGCUAUGCAACAGACAAUAAAAAUAUCACCAUUGGCUCGCAAAGAACCCAUACAAAUUGUUCGAGGCAAUGGACGUGUCAUUACACUGCCUCCUAUCGAGGCACCAACAACGCGGGCUAAGAGACGAGCACAAACACAACCUUUUACACAUCCCGUCAUGGGAAAUACUUCAACACAAUCAACUUCAUCGAUUAUUUCCACUACUGUCAAUGAUGUUCCGUUGGAGAGUUCCAACGUUGCAACAACAUCUGCUAGCUCUCUUAAUACUUCUUCAGAGAGGAAAAAUCCAGACACUACUAGCCGCAGAAGAUGCUCUAAAGAAAACGUUACAGCUUCUACAACAACGCCACAGAAAAUCAAGCGGAAUGCAAGCAAAAAAACCAAUAAAUCGAAAGCUGAUGCCGGUGCAUCAGACUCUGGAGACGAAGAUGAUGACGAUCCAAAUAAGUUAUGGUGUAUAUGCAGACAACCUCAUAACAACAGAUUUAUGAUAUGUUGCGAUGUUUGCGAGGAUUGGUUCCAUGGAACUUGUGUAAAUAUAACAAAAGCUAUGGGACUAGAGAUGGAACAGAAAGGCAUUGAUUGGACAUGCCCCAAGUGCGUAAAGAAAAUCGAAGAACAGAAGCAACCAAAAAUUACUGACCUUUUCAAAAAGGAAACUGCAUCGCCAUUGCAACCAGCGGUAGUUACAAGUACAACGGUCAUUUCCACAACUCCAACAAUAUGUAGCGCGUCUACCUCGGCAACGACCGUUGUAACUUCCAAUUUGCAACAAGGAGUCAGUAAAAUUAUAUCAGAGCCGACUAAACAAGCAUUGGCCGAAUCGCCAAAACCCAAACUACAAACGGGACAGAUUAUAAAUCUUAAGGAUUUCAGUGGGAAAAAGGUUUACAUUCAGACAGCGCCAGGAAGUGCAAGUGGAGGCCAGAAGAAAAUAAUUGUCACUACAACACAACCACUUAAAACAACAUCUAAUCUUAGCUCCCCAGUAAGAACGUUCGCUGUUGUAAAGCAAAUAUCCUGUACCGGAAAACAGCAGGCACCAAAUCAAAAUAUAAAAGUUAUAAAGGCGAUAUCAUCUCCGGCACAAUCAUCAAGCCAGCAGCCGAUCAAAGUCGUUUCGGCAACUCCUCCGAAAGCAGCAAAUUCGUCAAAUGAAUCUCUGAACACGAAACCAUCGAAUGAACCCCCCACUUUAUGCAUUGUUUGCAAGAAAAAUGCACGUCCCAAUUCGAUUUAUUGUAGCGAUGAUUGCAUACGGAAACACUCACAGACUGCGUGGGCUACUUUGAGUACCAAUUCGCAAGAUGACAAAACAAAGAAAAAAUCCAAAGGCCUGUUUGAAGAGGAGUUAUCAAUGCCAGAUCGUAAGACCAAGAUGGAAAGAGUAAAUGUUUUCGAACGCAAAACUGGACGAACGCUAACCGGACACAAUGCACCAACAUUUGCAAAUCUAAAAAAAUGGCUCCAGGAUAAUCCAACAUUCGAAGUUAUUCAACCCGGUAGUCCACAGGCUCUUGAUAUAGAGAAAAGACAAAGAAUACGUACACAGCAUUCAUCUUCGCCAACAGUUUCUAAGAUGGCCACUUCCCCUCCUCCGUUGAAAUUACUUCCGUUUUCAAAUGUGGUUCACCAACAAAAAGCUGACACAAGAUCGAACAGUCCACAGACCAAUUCACCUGUUAAUGUAAAUAAAUCUACAUUGUCGGCUCUACAUUCGAAACCUACAAAGACUAUUCAGGAAGUACUGAAGAAUUCGCCAACAACGUCAUCCAAUUCACGGCCCGGUACACCUAAGCAAUUGCUGAAGUAUCCGCAGCAAGUAUCAAUUAAAGCGGACAGAGUUCAGAAAUCAAACGAUGACUCAAAAACUGCAAAAGAGAAAGCAGCCAGUUCUCAAAAACGCUCCGUUAACAUGGAAGCGGGCAGUAAGGCAACUGGACACGAUGAAGAUAUUCGUCAUGUUGUCCGCCGUACUCUUAAGGAACAAUUGUUGCAAAGAAUUCAAGAAGAAGCUGUAGUCACCCACCAGGACUCUGCUGGUGAAAGCGAUGAGAACAAAAUAAGCGAUAUGCCUAAAUUAUCGGUAGAAGAAGUGGACGAAUUUAUAAAAGCUACUGAACUGGAAAUGUACAACUAUUUUAGUCGCGACACAGGUGCCAAAUAUAAAGCCAAGUACCGUUCGCUUAUGUUUAAUAUCAAGGACAGGAAAAAUCAUACACUCUAUGCUAAGAUAUGCAGGAAACUAAUAGAGCCCAAACAAUUAGUUCGUAUGUCACCCGAAGAAAUGGCGUCUCAGGAGCUGGCACAGUGGCGGGAACAAGAAACCAAACACCAACUGGAGAUGAUAAAAAAAUCGGAGUUAGACUUGUUAUCGUGCGCAAAGAACUAUGUAGUGAAAACACACAAAGGAGAAGAGGUUAUUGAAGGAAAGUCUUCGGAAUUUGAGAAUAUCGCUUUGACAAUACCGGAAGAGGACACAAGUCAUAAAACAAAAUCCGCAGAUGAAGUCACAACAUCUAAAUCUCUUUCUCAUAUAUCUGAUUUGGAUUAUCUUUCUGCUUCCAAGUCACAUACACAACAUGUGAAAUUAAGCGGCGACGACGACAAACACAAAACUUCUUCUAGCAGCACUACUAACAAAGAAAAGGAUAAAGAGAAGGAACGGGGCAGAGAACGCGAACGAGACAAAGAUAAAAAUCGCGACAGGGAAAAAGAUCGCGAGAGGCAUCAUAAAAGCAAAGAUCGGUAUCGGGAUAAAUCCCGACCUAGAAAACGUAGUCGAAGCCGUUCUCGCAGCCGCAGUGGCGACCGUAGCGAAAAACGACAUAAAAGUUCAAAGGAUAUUAAAGAUGAAAAACGAGAUAAAGAGAAGGAUCGUGUCAAAGAUCGCUCAGAUCGCGAUCAGCAUACCGAUAGUAGCCUAAAGAAACCUGCAAUGCAGGCGGAGAAAAAGGCGACGAGUACACAAAAAAAGAAAAUCAACCAAGAUCAAACUUCGAACUUAUUAGAAGAAUACAACUUGGUUGAUAAGAUCCUGGAAUCUACUAAAACCGUAGAAGAAGCAGCUAACUUGAUCAGCGAAAAAAACAGAGAAGCAGACAACAGUAGGAAAACUCCAACUCUAUCAUUGUCAGCACCUUCGAUCACAUCCACCACUAGUAGCAACAGCGAUAAUAGCUAUGUUAUUGACAUCCCUGCCCCCUCGAGUUAUGUUGACUCAAGUGAUCAAGAACCUAGUAGCACAGUUUCAAUUCCCACACCGCCACAUGAUCCAUAUGCAAGAUUUAUUUCUUCAUCGCCCCCAUGCGAUGGAAACGAAUUAGGUCGUUAUAACAAUACAAUUUUAUGGUCGGGCAACAUAAAUAUGGUGGACGUCACGUCUUUCCAUCUAUGUCUACAGGCCCUAUCGGGAACUUGUCACAAUAUAUCAAAACUCUUGGCCAAGGAACUAGACGUUGUUGGUCGUAUUGGACCCGAAACUGUAUGGGAUUAUAUUUCGAAGAUCAAAAAGAGCCCAAAUAAAGAGAUUGUUCUCUUGCGACUUUUGCCGGCAAAGGAAACAGAAACAGCCGCAUAUAAAUUGCUUUAUGAGUAUCUGGAAAUACGUAAUCGGUUGGGUGUGAUCAAAAGUAUAUCACAGUAUAUAAAAGAUUUCUAUAUAUAUCCAUUGGCGGCAGGAAAAUUAAUGCCUGCUGUAUUGCGAUUCAAUGAAUGCAGUGAAUUUUAUGAUGACCCCUGUCGGCCGGAUAUGUUAAUCGGUAUAAUAGUGCGUGUUGUUGGUAAACGUUAUAGCUCAGUGGCUAACCCAAUUAGCGAGACAGCAACAAAGUUCGUUGGUCGUGAUAUCGAUGCUCAUACACCUCCAGGUAGCCCCAAGCUUAAGAAACGCCGCUCGUCUCCUAAUCCACAGGAUAUCGAUAUUGACGCCAUAAUAAAGGCGCCAAUUGCCUCCAAAUUACAAAAAGCCACAACAUCUGCUACUUUGGUAUCAAGUAUGAAAGACGCUGAUGAACCAUAUUCCCCUGGAGGAAGCUCGGGCGAUGAGGAUUUGCGAUUGUUGCCCAUAAAAUUGCCCGUUGGCCCCAAUCAAAUACAAACAGCUGAAGAAGAGCUGAAGCGUAAAAUGGAAGAGAUUAAUAGACAAAUAGCAGCACAGGAAAUGGAAAUCGCCGGUCUGCUUACCGGAGAAACAGCGAAAUAUGGAAAUACAUCGGGAACAACAUCAAAAGUAUUGGCAAACAUAGCCAUACCUUCGAAUUUAUCUCAGAUUCUAGCUAGUAUAAAGACGUCAAAUCCUGCACAAGAGGUUCGUUCGGCCGUACCACCGCCUCCGCCCUUGAUUGGAUCGUUGAUCACAUCGCCAGCUCUGCCCGAGUCGGUCGAGGAAUACAAUCCAGCUGACCCAAUCGAAUCAUCUUAUGGACAAAAAAUACUUACUUUCUUUUCUUCUCUUUCAGGCACUACAUCAACAAGUCGGCUCGCUAAACUAAGUGAAGCAGAGCUUCUUAGUAUGGUUCCCGAUGACAUUGUCCUAAAUGUCAAGACACCACCGGGGCGCUGCGAUGAACCUCCUCCGCCCGGUGUUUAA